AUGUACUGCAACACCGAGCAAAACAUUGAGCACAGCUCAAUGCUCAGAACGAGGUGCCUACGACCAGCCGAGCCUGAUUUGCUACCCGUGCAAGCAGCUGAGGGAGAUGGCGACGACCAGGAGACGCCGCUUUUGGCCGAAGACAUUGCAAUCAAGAGGGAUUUCGACGAAGCGCUUGCCGCAGAGGAGAUGCAACGAUGCCUGCGUUGCAAGGAGCGCUGGUUUGACAUCAAGCUCAUGGCGGAUGGCAGCCGUUGGAGGAGCUUUUCAUUGCGCCUCAGCGUCAUCCUGAUUGGAGACUUCUUCCAGCCCCCCCCUGUUCUCAACAAGCCGCUAUACUCAACGCGCGACGACCUGAAGGACAUCGAGAUUGUCGGGCGUAAUGCGUACCUCUCAUUCGACAAGUCGGUGUUUCUGACCACAAUACAGCGGCAGCAGGGCGAAGACCAGGCCCCGUUUCGGCGGGCCUUGGAAGAACUGCGAAAGGCUAAUGUGUCAGUGCCCUCCUGGGAACUCCUUGCUUCGAGGUGUUCUGUCAAGCUUUCUCUCGAGGAGGCUGACAGCUUUGCUGAUGCGCUUCGCAUCUAUCCCACCAAGGCCCAGGUCGUCGAGUACAAUCACCAACACAUGCUUGGCCUGGACAGCCCCGCCAUUCAGGUCGAGGCAAAGCACGAGGGUGUGGGUGCGGAGAAGGUUGAGUCCUCAAAUGCCGGCAACUUGGCCAAGCGCUUGCCCCUGUGUGUUGGUUGCAGGGUGAUGCUGACGCGGAACUUGUGGGCCGACGUUGGGCUCGUCAACGGCGCACAGGGCACAGUCCACGAUAUAUUCUGGAAGGAGGGUGCUAACGUACUGCAAGACCCGCCCGAGAUUGUUAUGGUGGCCUUCGACGACUACACAGGCCCAGCCUUCGCGAUGCCGUGUGGGGAGGAGCUCCGCAGAGGAGAGAAGUUGGUGGUCCCCAUUCUUCGCGUACGGCAGGAUUUCAUAGUUGGUGCCAGAUCCUGUCACAGAGAGCAGUUCCCUUUACUGGUGAGCUACGCAAUCACCGUCCACAAGUCACAAGAUAUCACUCUUGACAAGGUUGUCUGCGAUAUCUCCGCCCCAGAGUUCUCUUCUGGCCUCUCCUACGUGGCCGUUUCGCGGGUGAAUACACUCGGCGGGCUGAUGCUUGAGAAGGCCUUCGACCGCAGCAGGGUCUAUCGCGAGACACCAUCGCGAGCUAUGGGGUUGAAGUUGUUGGAUCACGCCACCAGGCAACUGCAGGUGUUAGAUGCAGUGGUGGCGAAGGAUCGCUCAGAGGAGUCUGGUUGGGAUACAGGCAGCGAGAAUGGGAGUGUAGAGGUAUAA